GAGGAAGAAGACAUGGAUGAUGAGGAAUACACAUAUCAGGAAAGGACCGUAGGUUUUACACAGGACCUUGAUUUCGACGAGGACGAGCGCAAAACGCCUCUACGUAGACGUGACACGCCGCAUCAUAAAAAAGGCAAGAGAAUAGUCAUAUCAGAUGAUGCUAAAGAUAGGGUGCUGGAAAUACUUGCAAAAACUACACAAAAAGAGCUUGAGGAGCAAGAAAUAAUAGAGGAGGAAUACACAAUAAAUAUACACCGGGAACCAGGACAAGGUCUGGGCAUCAGUAUUGCUGGGGGUAAGGGCUCAACCCCGUAUAAAGGUGAAGAUGAGAGUAUCUUUAUUUCGAGAGUUUCGGAAGAUGGACCAGCUGGUUUAGCAGGAAUUAAAGUAGGAGACAAGCUCAUGUCUGUAAAUGGUAUAGUUCUUAAUGACUCGGACCAUUACGAGGCUGUAGAUGUAUUAAAGGGCAGUGGUAAUGACAUCACUAUGGUGGUUGGCAGGGAAACAAUCAUCACACGGAAGACAGAAGAUGAUGAGGAAGAAGAUGAAGAAGUGACAGAAGAACAAAUACAGGCUCAGGAAGAUGUGAAUGUACAUCUACAGGCAGAGAAUGUUACUCAACCAGCUAUGACUGCCAGUUUCGCAACUGUUACUUUUGAACCUGAGCCUGGAACCGAUGUAUAUGGGGAGAAGAUAGAAACGGUGCUUCACCGGGAUGCUGGAGGUCUUGGGUUCAGUAUUGCUGGAGGUCGGGGAUCUGUUCCAUAUAAAGG